AAUGAGGGAGAGAGGAGCCAAAACAAAACUUCAAAAAAAAAAGGACAACUAAAAUUUAAAUUUUGACCGUCAUAAUUUGAAUUUGAAGUUGUUAUCAAUCAAUUGAAUAGGGAAGAUAUCAGAUACUACCAUGUCAACAGCUGAUAAACUUAAGGCAGAAUCCACUGCUGAUGAAAAAGAUGUAUUGGAUUUCAUUAACUCUUUACCUGAUUCAAAAUCAGGGACUCCAAAGCCACAUAAGGUUAAUCAAGAUACCAUCAUAGAAGGGAAGGGAGAGAAAGUUGAAGGAGGUAAUGAAGAAGAUUUCUUAGAAUUCUUAGAUGAAUUGGCUCAACAUGAAAAGAAAGUAGGUGGUACCAUUGGUACCCCAUCUAAAUUAGAACCAAAAAAGAAAGAUAACAAUAAUAUUAAAGAAUCAUAUAUACCACUUACCAAUGAUGAACAAGAUCAAGAUGAAGAAGGAUAUACCGAAAAGACUACACCAACUACUACUGAUGAAUCAGCCAAUGAAGAAAUCAAUGUUCCUGAUCCAAUUAGUACUAUUUCUAAUUGGUGGUCUAAAGAAGGUUCAACUAAAGUUAAUAAUUUUUGGGAUUCAUUAGCUUCAAAUGCUCAAAAUUUAGGUGAACAAACUUAUCAAUUAGCUAGUACUACAACCAAUCAAAUAAAUCAACAACGACAACAAAAUAGUUUAAAAUUGAAUGAUUUACUUGAAAAUGUUAAACAUAUUAUCUUGGAUGAUGAUAAUGAUAAUGAUGAUUAUGAUGAUAGUUAUGAUGAUUAUUUAAGAAUUUUAGUAAGUUAUGAUAUGUUGAAUAUUAAAUAUAUUCAUCAAUUAAUUAAUCAAAAUUUCAAAACUAUUAUGAAACAAGUUGAAGGAAAUAUUAAAAUUAAAGUUAUUGAUGAACAUCAACAUAAUACAAAUUUACAAGGGAAAUUAAAUAUGUUUUAUGGAAAGAUUAUUGAUGGAGAGAAAUUAUGUUUUGCAAAUUUAGAUUCAUCAAUAAAGAAUUUUAAAUUAAUUUUAGAUGAAAAGACUGAAGAAGAGAAAUUAAAAUUACAAAAGAGAUCUAAUAUUUUUAUUUCAAUUCAACCAAUUACUAGUAAUCAUGAUCAUGAUCAUAUUAUUUCAUCAUCUGAUGAUGAUGAUGAUAAACCAAUUUUAAUUGAAAGUAAUAAUAGUGAUUCAUUUUCAUUCACGAUAAUUUUAAAAGAUAUUACAAAUAAUAUAACCAUCAUAACUAAAACUCAACCAUUCCCUUUAAAAUGGGCAAAAUGGUUAGAUGGAGAAGAUAAAAAUAUAUUUAAACCAGAAAAAGAAGAAAAAGAAAAAGAAGAACAAACAAAAGAAAAAGAAGAACUUACAAAAGAUGAUAAUGAUACUAUAAAUGAAGAAUUAGGUAUUGAUCCAAGUGAAUGGGUUAAAGAUUGGAUUAAACAAGGAUUAAAUUUAAGUUUUGGAAUUUUAAUUCAAGAAUAUAUUAUAAAACGUAUGGGUAUAUAAUCUAUUAAGUUUUGUUAUUUGUUAGUGUAUGUUUUUCAUUUAUAUUAUUAUUUAUACAGUUUGAUACUUGAAUAUAUUAUUAUUAUUAUUAUUAUUAUUAAAUUAAUCUAUAAAU